UAUGUAUUCAGUUUGAGGUUUGGGUUCGGUUGAGAGUGUUGCUUGCCAAAGAUUUUAGAAGGUCGCGUUAAAAAACUCAGUGUUUAAUGACAACCGUUCGAUUGGAUUUUAUACAAAUCAGCCAUUGGUUAAAAUGUCCUCCAUGACGGAAUUCGCACUAAUCAGUCACAGGGGCUUCAAAUUUCUCAUAACCAAGAACCCGUCUAACAACAAUUUGGAGACUUUUAUCAAAGAAUUAAAAAAGAAUAACGUCAAAAUCGUCGUUAGAGUAUGCGAGCCGACGUACGAUACCGAAGCUUUAAAAGGAGCAGGAAUACAAGUUUGUAAUUUGACCAUUCCAGAUGGUACUUGCCCGUCAGAUAGUAUCAUACAGGAGUUUUUCCUCAUACUCAAGAGGCAGUUCUCCAUUAAUCCGGAAUCCUGCAUUGCCGUUCAUUGUGUGGGAGGACUAGGCAGAGCUCCUGUGAUGGUAGCUUUAGCUCUUAUAGAGCUCGGAUUCACUUACGAAGACGCCGUUUCCCUUAUAAGGGAAAAAAGACGUGGUGCCAUAAAUUCUAAACAACUAGAAUUUCUUUCGAAAUACAAACCGAAAUCGAGAUUAGGAAAAGAUCAAAAAAAAUGUGUCGUUCAGUGAAUAUAUUUAGAAAUUUUUUAAAUUUCACUGCAUUUAUUUGUAUACAGGAUAAAUGGUACAAAAUUAUUUGUAUUUCGAAGCAGUUGAAACAAUCAUUCUAACAGUGUACGAAAUAGUUUCGUUAAUUUGUAGAAGAAUAGGAUAGAAUAUUAUAAAAUUAACGUAUAUAGUAUUUGAAAUAAAUAUUUUUUAAAAAAUAA